CGUUUGCAUUUUCGCUCGUUUUUCUAAAGGUUUCGGAAAUCGAAUAGUGAGUUUUUUCCGUUAGCAGUUUUAUAUGGUUCGCUUUCGCUGCCGGUCAAUCUUCAAGGCUUUGAAGAUGUAAAUAAAAUUGUGAAUUAUUUUCAGCGUUGAACGGCCACGAACCUGCCUUCUUCCUGAUAGAUUUCGCGCCUGUCACCUACAAUGGCAUUUAAUGAGGCAACGAAGGAAAUCCCUCGAAAGUUCAUUAGCACUGAGAAGAACCAUGCCCGAGUUCUCAGCGACGAUUCCAGCGUACAAGAAGCACGGCUCGUUGUUCCUCCCGGAGAACUUUUCCAUUUGGUGUGCACUACCGAUGACACUCAGCCUGGACAAGAAGCACUUAUUCUUAUGUCACUGGAUCGUGCCAAUGUGUUAAUGGAAACCGACACAAGAUCCGUGCGAGAAAUUUCCAAUUAUAUGGCGGAACUGCUGUUGCCCGUGGAUCAGCCGAGACGACUUGGAUUACUGGCUGAUCAUCGUCAAAAUGUGCGAUUGGAGGAGUUCAUGCAGGUGGAACAUGGAAACAAUGUUACUGUUACCUUUGAAACUAUGCCGUAUCCUGGCGUGGUGUGUUAUCAGGGACCAGUACCAGACAAGGGUCCCGGAAUAUGGUUCGGUGUUUGGUUGAUUCAUCAUGCUGGCCAGGGUGAUUCUGACGGCUCCGUCAAUGGAAAACGGUAUUUUACGUGCAAUCCGAAUUGUGCGGUGUUUGUAUCGGUGGCCGACUUGGUUUUGCGGCACGAAUCACAGAGCAGCUUUAAUGAUGCCGCGAUGGAGGAUCGUUCUACGCAGAAUUAUCCAAAAAAUCCUUCGCAGGAUUACAACAUGAAUGGUCUCGUUCCUCAUGAAAGUGCACCUGGAAAACGAGGAAAAUCUCCCGCGGAGUCGAAAACCAUAGGAAACCUGCUGCACGGUGCUCUUAAUGUUGCAGCCAAUGCGAUCGGAUUGCAUAAAGGAAGCCAGUCUCCCCGGUCGGAAUCUUCCAGGAGCUUGGUUUUUGUCAAUUCUAAUCUGGCGCCUAAAGCCUCGACGAGCACUCCUUCGCCUCCUGCAUUCCAGAGCUCUGGAGCAGCGGCUGCGAAUCCUCUGGUGGAUGAGCUGCCGUUUAAGCUGAAUGGCCGGGUUUGUUACUUUGAGGAUGAUUGCGACCCGCAAAUUGCCACAGUCAGAUGGAUCGGCUGGCUUUUAAAAGAGUCGAACAAGGACUUGUACGUGGGCAUUGAAUUUGAUAAACCAGUCGGCAGUGGAACAGGACAGUUCAACGGGGACCAGCUCUUUGUAACCAAACCGAACCAUGCCGCAUUUGUUCCUGCGACAUGCUUAUUUCCUUACGAGGAAGCCCGUGAGCAAGCUUUGGCACACCGAACAGAAUCUGGCCCCGUUCGGGUGCAGCCGCAAAUGACGAAGAAACCUAGUUACAGUGAAAUGGCUAAGAGACCGCCACAGAAUUCUCCCGCGGGAGGACCUUCGCUGGCGAAUGCUGCCGAUGCAUCGAGGCGCGCGAUACAGCCCGCAGCCGUUUUAUCUUCAUCAAAUGUGGAUGCCCCAAAGCCGUCGUCUGGGUCCAGUAGACUGGCAAUUAAUUUGCAGGCAAACGAUCCUGUCAAACCGGCCGCUACUUCUGCUAUGACGAAUAAUUUGGGGAGAAAUGUUCAGCCCGCUCAUGCCAGUACCGCAUACGUUGCUUCCAAACAUCCAGAACGACAACGUGUCCCGCAAGUUCAGCAGGCGUCAAAACAGGAGAUCCAUAAAUGGGUGACGGAUGAUAAGAAAUCAGCUGGUGGUUUUAGCAGUACGAAGAAGGAUUCUGACUUACACUGGCCUUCUGAAAAAUUAAACAGCAGUACUGUGGAUGGAACAGUGAAAGAGCACAACAUUCCCAUACAGCAUGAGACGUCUAGUUAUCGGGAUUCCUACAAUUCUGUUCAUUCUGGAUCAGUGCCAGCAGCGCAGAAUGUUUCCCCUUCUCUGUCGCAAAACCAGAAAAAUUCAGCCGUUCCUUCGUCAUCGGUUAGUCGAAUGUCUCUUCCGACAAAGCCGGUGAUCGGCGAAGGUCAGCAGAAUCCUAUGUCAUUUUACUAUGGGAUGGAACCGAAAUCCGAAAAUUCUCCAGUUGGCGGUCGACUCAGUUCUCGAUCUAACUUAACACCAUCGCAGCCUGUGCCGCAGUUACACCCGGCUUCUUUGCGCCGCAUUGAUGACAAGAUCUGCAGCGGUAGAAAACGUGGUAUCCAAGGCCACAAAAAUUCCUGCUAUUUGGACGCCACCUUAUUUAGCAUGUUUGCAUUCACUAACGUCUUCGACGAGAUUCUGACUCGGCCUAGAAGAAAGCGCGACAUCCAUGGUUAUGAAGAAGUUCAGCACGCCCUUCGAGAAGCGAUUGUUCACCCUCUUCGGAACACGAUGUACGUGCCGUGUGUAGAUGUGAUGCAUCUGCGAGAAUUGAUGGAUGUAUUUGGGAAUGUGACCGGUUUGACCAAUGAAGAACGUGAUCCGGAGGAGUUUUUGACGUCUUUGUUCCAACAAAUCCUUAAAAUUGAUCCUUUGUUGAAGUUGACAACAGGCGAUUGCAACUGGUACACACUUUUUGUUGAAAAGGACCAGAUGAACCUUAUCCCAGCUGUGCAGCAAUUGUUCGACGAGUCUUUGGUCGCUUCCGACGUUCGCUUUAAAGAGGUGCCCAAAUGUCUGCUGCUGCAAACACCGCGUUCUGGAGCUCAGUACAAAAUGUAUCGUUAUAUUUUCCCCAGUGCAGUCCUGGAUAUUACCGACGCAAUUGCCGGUUAUCCGCGGCAGUGCUCGUUCUGUCAGGAGGAGCAAGCGGAGUUUGAAUGCAAGGAAUGUUACAACUGGAUGAAUUUGGAAGACAAAACUCGCUCGGGAUUAAGCACAAUGGCGUUCUGCAAGAAGUGCUCCGUUAAACGCCAUCAGCGCAAUCCUAAGCACAAACCCUAUGAGAUCCAGACGACCUUGGCGCCGUUGCCAGAAGAGCAAGUGCGCAUGGAAUUAUUUGCCGUUGUGUGCAUUAAAACCAGCCACUAUGUGACUUUCGCCAAGGAUGGCAAUCAGCUGUGGUAUUUUGUGGACUCCAUGGCCGACAGAGAGGGCGGUGAGGGUGACCGCGGCUCAAAUAUUCCGGAAGUGCGCCCUUGUCCGGAAUUGAGUGAAUAUUUAGAUCCGGAGUUCGGUCAUAAGCGGUUGAUGGAGAAAUUUGAGCAGCAUCAGAGCUUGCCGGAACCGAUGUCGAGAUUCUUUGAAGAUUGUUAUUUUCUGAUGUAUCAGCCCAUUACUAGCGUUACUGUGGGACAACAAGCCGAAUCCCAGCUUGUCAAUCUUAAUACGGCUUCGGAGGUAUGAACGCGUUUUAUCGUGAUCGCUUUUCGGAAAUUGAUGGUUGUUUUUUAUUUGUGAUUAACAGAUAAGGUAGCCGAUAUUUGCAAACUUAUUUAGUGCUUUGUUUCUUAGUAGUGCUGUUUGAGAAGUGAUUUGGACGGGUUGAACUAUUUUUAUUGUCUUUGAAAAAAAAUGGAAAUGUUAUGGAUAGAUCUUGUUUUUUCGCUGUUGAUAACAAUGUAUUAUUCUCAUCUUGGCUUGUCUUAUCUCAUGUCAGAAGACGUAGUCUUGAAAAUGUUAUAU